GCAUCUCGAUGGCGCAUCGAGCGCGACCAUGAGCGAUGAUGCCUGGGCCUGGUGGCGGUCCCUGGGCGCGCCGCGCUACGUCUGCGCGCCCAUGGUCGACCAGAGCGAGCGCGCCUUCCGCGCCGUCGCGCGGCGCCACGGCGUGGGCCUCUGCUAUUCGCCGAUGCUCGUGGCGUCGGCCCUGGGCGACGCGAGCUACCGGGCGGCGUACCUGGACGCGCCGGACGCGCGGGACCGGCCCCUCUUCGUGCAGGUCGGCGGGUCCGGCGAGGCCUUCGUCGCCGCGGCCGCGCGCGUCGCCCGGGCCGGCGGCUGCGACGCCGUCGACGUGAACCUCGGCUGCCCGCAGUCGUGCGCGCGGCGCGGCGGCUACGGCGCGUUCACGGACGAGGACGACGCCGUCGCGCUCGUCGCCGCCGUCGCCGCCGCCGUGAAACCGACGCGCGUGACCUGCAAGAUCCGCGCGGUGCCGGAGCGAGACGCGCCGCUCGUCCCGGACCGCGCGGCGACGGCGCGCUACGCGGCGCGGCUCGCGGCCGCGGGCGCGUCCUGCGUCGCCGUGCACGCGCGCACGCGCGAGGCCAAGGGCCGCGGCGCCGCGGACUGGGCCGUCGUCGCGGCCGUCGUCGCGGCCGUCGACGUGCCCGUGAUCGGCAACGGCGACGUGAGGACGAGACGCGACGCGGACGCCCUCAUCGCGGAGACGGGCUGCGCGGCGGUCAUGAGCGCCGAGGCGCUGCUCGCGGACCCGCGGCUCUUCGGCGACGCCGCCGGCGGCGACGCCGCGGACGCGUGCCGCGAGUACCUCCGGGCCGCGAGACGGGACGACGCGCCGCCGCCCGUGUCCUGGGCGCGCGCGCACGUCGUCGCCGUGCUCCACGCGGCGCUCGCGGCGGACGGUGCCCUCGCGGCGCGCGUCGAGGCCGCGCCGACGCUCGCGGCCCUCGAGGACGCGCUCCCGGGGGCCGCGGGCGCGUGCGCCGCGGCGGCGCGGGGCCCAACGCCGGACGCGCUCGCCGCGGUCCUCGCGCGGGGCCGCGCGGAGCGGCGGCGCUGCAAGGACGCGCGCAUGCGCAGCUCGGCGCGGGUGCCGGCGAAGCGGAAGGCCGACGGGCCGCCGUCGGACCGCCAGUUCCAGCCAACGGCGGCGGCGCCGGCCGUGAGCCUCGGCGAGCAACGGCGGCGGCGGCGGCCGCCGGCGUGGGCCGCCGUCGCGCUCGUGUUGAUGGCGUUUGCGGCGCGCGCCGGCGCCGCGGCCGCCUGGCUCGCCGCGACGCCCGCGCGCGCGGCGGCCGCCGCGUACGGCGCGGCCGCGUUCUCGCGCUUCGCGGCGUCGUGGCCGCUCUACUGCACGAUCCCGCUGACCGCGGGCGUCUUCAACGCGCUGACGAACAAGCUCGCCGUGACGAUGAUGUUCGAGCCCGUGCGCUACCGGGGCCGGCGGCCCUUCGGCUGGCAGGGCAUCGUGCCCAAGGCCGCGCGGCGCAUGGGCGGCGACGUCGCGGACCUGCUCAUGCGGGAGCUCUUGGACGUCGAGGCCAUGGUGUCGCGCGUCGACGCGGACCACCUGGCGGCGCUGCUCGUCGACGCGCCGGAGGUCGUGGAGCUGGGCGUCGCCGCGUGCCGGAAGACGUUCCCGUCCGCGCCCGAGGGCCUCGUGCGCGCGACGCUCACGGCCCCGCGGCUGCGGCGCGUCGCCGCGGCGACGAUCCGGGCCGUGCAGGCGAACGUGACCGAGGCCGUCGACGUGCGGCGGCUCUGCGUCGACCGGCUCUGCGACGACCCGCGCCAGCUCUGCGACCUCUUCCGCCGCUGCGGCAAGCCGGAGCUCGACGCCGUCGUGACCCUGGGCGGCUGGGGCGGUCUGCUGCUGGGCGUCUUCCAGAUGGGCGCCUGGGCGCUCUACCCGCGCGCGUGGACGCUCGCGCUCGGCGGCGCGUUCGUUGGCUUCGCGACGGACUGGGCGGCGCUGAAGAUCCUCUUCUCGCCCGUCGAGCCGCGGAAGAUCGGGCCGCUGACGGUCCAGGGCCUCUUCCUCCGGCGCCAGGCCGAGGUCUCGGCGGACUUUGCGGAUUUCGUCGCCGCGGAGCUCGUCGCGCCGGAGCACCUCUGGCGCGCGCUGCUCACGGGCCCGCGGCGCGCCGCGGUCGUCGACCACGUCGUCGCCGCGCUCCGCGCGGAGCUGCCGGGCCUCGUCGCGUCGGCGGGCGACGUGCCCGCGCAGCUCGCGGAGCUCGCGGACCGGGGCCUCGCGGAGCUCGCCGCGGACCCGGCGCUCACGCGGCCGACGGAGGCGUACCUCGCGCGCGCGCUCGACGUCGAGACCGCCGUGCGGGACGCCAUGGCCGCGCUCCCGCCGGCCAAGUUCGAGCGCGUCCUCCACCCGGUCUUCGAGCAGGACGAGGCCACGCUCAUCGCCGUCGGCAUGACCCUCGGCGGGCUCGUGGGGCUGGCCCAGGUCGCGCCCGGCGUCAAGUAUGUGGCGCGCGCACGGGAAGGCGUGACGGACAUCGACGAGAGCGCCAUGGACGACGACAGCAACAUGCCGCCGACGACGGCGGCGACGCCGCGCCUCAUGAUCGAGAAGAUGGUCCUCGAGAACUUCAAGUCCUACGGCGGGCAGCGCGAGAUCGGCCCCUUCCACAAGCGCUUCAGCUCGAUCGUCGGCCCGAACGGCUCGGGCAAGUCGAACGUCAUCGACGCGAUGCUCUUCGUCUUCGGCAAGCGCGCGAAGAAGCUGCGGCUCAACAAGGUGUCCGAGCUCAUCCACAAGUCGGACACGUACCCGGACCUCGACUGGGCCAAGGUGAGCGUGCACUUCGCGGACGUCAUCGACCUCCAGGACGGCACGGACGCGUACGAGGUCGUGCCCGGCACGGAGGUCGUCGUGUCGCGCACGGCCUACCGCGACAACGGGAGCAAGUACCAGGUCGACGGCAAGACGGCGACGUUCCAGGAGGUGGGCAAGCUCCUGCGCAAGCGCGGCAUCGACCUCGACAACAACCGGUUCCUCAUCCUCCAGGGCGAGGUCGAGCAGAUCGCGAUGAUGAAGCCCAAGGCGCCGUCGCCCCACGAGGAGGGCCUCCUCGAGUACCUCGAGGACAUCAUCGGGUCCAACUCCUACGUCGAGCCCAUCGAGGAGGCGUCGAAGGACGUCGACGCCAAGUGCGAGGUCCGCCUCGAGAAGCUCAACCGGCUCCGCGUCGCGGAGAAGGAGCGCGAGGCCCUGUCGAGCGCCAAGGCCGAGGCCGAGGCCUACGUCGUCGCCGAGGACAAGAUCCGCCGCCAGCGCAACACGCUCUACCAGGUCCUGCGCCGCGAGGCCGCGGCGAACGUCGCGCUCGUGGGCGAGCGCCACGACGAGCUCGCGGGCCGCCUCGCGGAGGAGCGCGCGAAGCGCGCGGCCAUCGAGACGUCCCUGAGCGGCGACAAGGCCGAGGUGGCGGCCCUGACGAAGGAGCACGCCGCCGCGGCCAAGGCCGCGGAGAAGGCCGCGGCGAAGGCGAGCGACGGCGCGCGGCGCGACGCGGAGCUCCGCGAGGCGAAGAAGCACCAGGAGGCGGCCGCGCGCAAGCUCGAGCACGCGGCGAAGAAGGACGCCGCCGUCGCCGAGGAGAAGGAGGGCUUCGUCGCCGAGCAGGAGCGCGACGAGCUGCCGCGCCUCAACAAGAAGGUCGCGACGAUGUCGACGAAGGCCGACGAGGCCGAGGCCGCGCUCGAGGCCGCGCGCGAGGUCUGCAAGGCCGAGACGACGGCGGCGCAGAAGGUCCUCGAGGCGAAGACGCAGGCGGACCUCGCGCCCGUCCAGGAUAAGCUCAGCGAGGCCCUGAGCGCGCUCCGCGAGGUCCAGGACGAGCUCGACCUCACGCUCGACGGGUCGACGGCCGCGGCGAAGGAGCUCGAGGCCGUCGAGGCCAAGCUCGGCAAGCUCGAGGCCCAGGCCGGCGCCAAGGGCGAGGAGCUCGAGAUCCACAGGGCCAAGGUCGAGGCCCUGGAGGGCUCCGCCGCGGACCUCCGGGCCAAGGUCGCCGACGGCGGGGCGCUCCGCGCGGCGGCGGACGCGGCCGCGCGCGACGCGGCCGCGGCCGUCCAGGCCGUCGAGGACGUCAAGGCCGCGCUCGAGCGCGGCAAGCAGACCAAGGGCGCCGGCGCCGUCGGCGAGGUGCUCAAGGCCGCCAAGGGCCCGCUCAAGGCCGCGGGCGUCUGCGGCCGCCUCGGCGACCUCGGCGCCGUCGACGCCGCGUACGACGUCGCCGCGAGCACGGCCGCGGACAUGCUCGACCACGUCGUCGUCGAGACGGCCGCCGGGGGCCAGAAGUGCAUCGAGUUCCUCCGCGAGAAGAAGCUCGGCCGCGCGAACUUCGUCGUCCUCGACCAGGUCAAGGCGCCCAAGCCCGCGGGCGCGACGCCCGACGGCGCGCCGCGGCUCUUCGACCUCGUCACGCCGAGCCACCCCAAGUACGCCGGCGCCUUCUACAUGGCGCUCCGCGACACGCUCGUCGCCGAGGACCUCGACGAGGCCGUCAAGCUCGCGUACCGGCCCGACAACUCGCGGUGGCGCGUCGUCACGACGGACGGCAAGCUCAUCGACACGUCGGGCACCAUGUCCGGCGGCGGCGGCAAGGCCAAGAGCGGCAAGAUCACGCUCACGGGCGGCACGGGCGGCGUGAGCCGCUCCGCGGCCGCGGCGACGGGCGACGAGGUCACGGCCAAGGACGUCGCCGCGGCCGAGAAGGCGUCCGCGGCGGCGGCGAAGAAGGCCGACAAGGCCGCCAAGGCCCUGGCCGACGGCGAGGACGCCCUCAAGGACGCGCUGCGCCAGCUCAAGCGCCUCGCGGAGCUCGUCGUGCCCACGCUCGAGGCCGAGCUCGCGGCCGGCGCCGACACGCGCGCGCGGCUCGCGUCGCGCGUCGGCGAGCUCCGGGCCGCCGCCGAGGUGUCGGCGUCGACGAAGCAGGCCGCCGCCAAGCUCGAGAAGGCCCUGGCGUCGAAGCGCAAGGCCGCCGACGCGGCCCAGGCGGCCUUCGACGCCGUCGACGCCGACGUCGCGGAGCUCCGCGCCGCGGUGCUCGACGCGGGCGGCCAGGCCCUCAAGGACGCCGUCGCCAAGGCGGAGAUCACGCGGGCGCUGGCCGACGACGCGGCCAACGAGGUCGAGGCCAUCGGCGUCGCCGUCAAGGCCGCGGCCAAGGCCGGCGCGAAGGCGGCGAAGGCGCGCGACAAGGCGCUCGCGGACGCCGCGGGCCUCCGCGCCAAGCUCGAGGCCGCGGAGGACGAGGUCGCCGCGCUCGCCGAGGCCCAGGGCGCCCUCGACGCCGCCAAGGACGAGGCCCUCGCCGCCUGCGACGCCGCCGCGGACGCGCUCGCGGAGAAGCGGCGGCGCCUCGAGGCGCUCUCGUCCGACGCGGACGCGAUCAAGGCCGUCGAGGCCGACAUCGAGACCCAGGUCGACGACUACGCGCGGGCCCUCAAGGAGAACUCGACCAAGGCCGCCCACUGGACCAAGGAGCUCGCCAAGCUCGCGAAGGAGCACGCGCGCGAGGUCGCGGACUUCGCGGACGUCUUCGCGGACCUCGCGGCGCGCGCGGCCGAGGACGCCGAGGACGAGGCGGCGGCGGCCGAGGCGGCGGCCGAGGACGCGGCGGCGGACGCGGCCGAGGACGCCGACGCGGCGGACGCGGACGCGCCGCCGGCGCCGCCGGCCGAGGGCGCCGCGGAGGCCGAGGGCGAGGCCGCGCCGCCGGCGCCGCCGGCGGGCGCCGCGGACCCCGCGGCGCUGCCCGUGGAGGCCGACGAGGCGCUGGCGGAGCUGGACAAGGAGGAGGUCAAGUACGCCAUCGCGCUGCUCGAGGAGGAGCGCGACGGCAUGAAGGCGACGGUGAACCUCAAGACGAUCGCCGAGUACCGCGCGAAGCAGGCGGAGUACUUCGCGCGCCUCGACGAGCUCGAGCAGGUCACGGCGGCGCGCAACGCCGCGCGCGAGGCGCUCGAGGCGCUGCGGACGAAGCGCCUCGACGAGUUCAUGGCGGGCUUCGGCGCGAUCACGCUCAAGCUCAAGGAGAUGUACCAGAUGAUCACGCUCGGCGGCGACGCGGAGCUCGAGCUCGUCGACUCCCUCGACCCCUUCUCCGAGGGCAUCGUCUUCUCCGUGCGCCCGCCGAAGAAGUCCUGGAAGAACAUCGCGAACCUCUCGGGCGGCGAGAAGACGCUCUCGAGCCUCGCGCUCGUCUUCGCGCUCCACCACUACAAGCCCACGCCCCUCUACGUCAUGGACGAGAUCGACGCGGCCCUCGACUACAAGAACGUGUCCAUCAUCGCCAACUACAUCAAGGACCGCUGCCGGUCCGCGCAGUUCGUCAUCAUCUCGCUCCGGAACAACAUGUUCGAGCUCGCGGACCGCCUCACGGGCGUCUACAAGACGCACAACGUCACCAAGACCAUCACCAUCAGCCCCGACGCCUUCGCCGCGACGCUCGCCCAGGCCCGGGCGCCCGCGGCGCCCUCGCCGCUCCGCGACGCGACGAACGCCGCGGGGUCGUCGUUGAUGUUCGGCGGCUCCGCCGUCGGCGGCGCCUUGUCGAAGUCGGGCAGCUCCGUGACCUCGUCGGCCGUCGCCGACGCGGCCUCGGCGAGGAGCGCGUCGGCCUUGGCCGUGCCGGGCGUCGACGGGCCGCUCGAUGAGCUCGGCAUGCUGUGA